AUGAAAAAUAAACAUUUAUUAAAUUUUUUAAUAUUAAAUAUUUUAAUUGUAUUUGUUGUCGCACAGAAGAGUGGAACCUAUAAUGGACCACAAUAUACAAAUGGUAUAAAUGCAGGUUAUAAAGAAGGAUGGAGCAAUAGCGAUUUAGGACCAUUAAUGGGUGAAGCUGGUAUUCGUAGUCAAAGAAUGAAAUUCCCAUGUACAUUCUUUCAAAAAUAUGGAUAUAAAAUAUUGUAUGAUAAUAAUAGUUUUGGAAGUGCUAAAUUAGCAGGUCAAAGUAAUUUCACUGCAUUUAUUACAUAUGAUCAUGGUAAUGAUUCAUUUGUUCCAGCAAAAAUUUACGAACCAAUAUGGGAUGAUAACAAUAAUGUAAAUAAGGGAAAUGAAUUUGCAUAUUGUGUAUAUCAAAUUGUUACAACUUAUAAAGCAGAUGUCAAGAUAUAUGAAAUCUUUAAUGAACCUGAUUGGGUUAGCGAUUGGAAAGUAGUAAGUACAUGGGCUACAUCUCCACCAUUAGAUUUACCACGUUUCGGAGGUAAUAUAUAUUCAUAUAUUAGACUAUUAAGAAUUGCCUGGGAGGUUGCUAAAUCAGUUGAUCCAACAUGCUUCAUUGCAGUAGGUGGUUUGGGUUACCCAAAUUUCUUGGAUGCUAUUUUAAGAUACUCUGAUACUGCAGGUAAUUUAGACCCAUUAUCACUUGGUAUUAAUUAUAUAGAUGCUGUUUCCACUCAUUUUUAUCCAAUGUAUGGAACCUCUAAAACCAAUUCAGAUGCCUAUUUAACUGCUUAUAUUGAAUUACAAAAUAGUUUCAAACAAGUAGCCAAGAGACAUAGUUUAAAUGCCAUAUGGAUCGUCACUGAAACUGGUGUCGCUACUAAAUCUGGUGAUGGUUAUUAUGGUAGUGAAGAAUUGGCUCGUAAUUAUUUCCUCAAGUUACCAAGUAUCUCCACCACUCUUGGUGUUCGUCAAAACCAUAUUUUCAUAUUGGGAGAUACAAAUUCUGGUUCAAAUGCUUUUGCAAACAUGGGUCUUUUUUAUGACUAUCAAAAUGUUGAUAAAGAUAAAGCUAUUAUUAAACCAUCAUCAAAAGGUUUGAAAACUUGGGAUCUUCAUCUCUCUAAUAGAACAUUAGACCCAUCCUCAACUGAAAGUAUUCAAUCAAAAAUGCCAUCAGGUGUUGUUGCUUAUGCAUAUAAUGAUGGUUUAUCACUGUGCUAUCUCAUCUGGGCAAACUCUAGUAGUUUUGAAACUGAUGAAGAUACCACUUCAAUUCAGAUUUCUUUGGAAGGCUCAUAUAUAUCAGUGUAUAAUUAUUUAAAUGACAUUGAUAAAUUUACCUCGGAUAAUGGUAAAACUGUCUCCAUUUCAGUAGACUCUACACCUCAAUUCAUCUACAUCGAUAUCGAAGGUCCUGGUUCCGGUCCAAGUUCUGCUUCAAAUAUAACAUAUUCAUUUUAUUUAUUAAUAAUUUUAAUAUUUUUUGCUAUUAGUUUAUAA